GACUGCGCCUCAGACACAGAUAGAAUCGGGUCCCAUCGAGUGCCAAAGACAAUGUCGGAAGGCGGCGUCCAGAAUCCGAGCAUGGAUGAUGCAGUGGCCUUUGGCCAGAAUCCAUGUGGAAGCGUUGGCUCGCCAGCUUCACCUGGCAUCGGUUUGUUCAGCGGAAUGGUGACGCUCCUCGUGCAGUCCCUUCUAUCAGCCCAGUGCCUGAUUUCGCCCGCCAGCCAGUGGCCAGCGGACUACAGGGGCGACCUGAGCACACCCUAUGACUUUGUGGUCGUCGGAGCAGGAUCCGCGGGCUCCGUGGUGGCCAGCCGGCUCAGCGAGAACCCCGACUGGAAAGUUCUCGUCCUGGAGGCGGGCGGAGAUCCACCCGUCGAAUCCGAGUUGCCGGCGCUUUUUUUCGGGCUGCAGCACACGGAGUUCACGUGGAACUACUUCACAGAGCCCAGCGACAAGGCCUGCCAGGGCAUGAAGGAUGGUCGCUGCUACUGGCCGCGGGGCAGGAUGCUGGGCGGAUCGGGAGCAGCCAAUGCCAUGCUGUAUGUGCGGGGAAAUCGCAAGGACUUCGAUGGCUGGUCGGCGUUGGGAAACCCGGGCUGGAGCUACGACGAGGUGCUGCCCUUCUUCGAGCGCUCCGUGACCCCGCAGGGAAAUGCCACCCACCCCAAGGGCUAUGUGACCCUGAGUCCCUUCGAGCGACAGGAUGACCCAAUCCAUCAGCUACUCAUCGACGGAGCUAAGGAGCUGGGAGUGCCGUAUGUGGAGCGAUUCGAGGAGGGCAGUGAAACGGGCUAUGCCCAUGUCCCAGGAACCGUGAGGCAGGGUCAGAGGAUGAGCACAGCCAAGGGCUACCUGGGUGCUGUGGCCAAGACCAGGCCCAAUCUGCAUGUGGUCAAGCGGGCCAGGGUCACCAAAUUGAACUUUGAUAGGGACACGGUAGUAUCAGUGGACUUCGAGAGGGCUGGUGUGAGCCACCAGGUGAAGGUGGCCAAGGAAGUGGUCCUCUCGGCUGGGGCCAUCGAUUCGCCAGCCCUUCUUCUGCGUUCCGGCCUGGGACCCACUGAGCAAUACCAUGAUUUGGAUAUACCCCUUCAUAUGGAGCUGCCAGGAGUGGGACGCAACCUGCAGGAUCAUGUGAUUGUCCCGCUCUUCCUGAGGCUGGACGAAGGCCAGGCCGAGGCAAUCACCGAGAAGGGGGUGCUCGAUGGCAUCUACGAGUACCUCAUCCAUCGCCGCGGACCCUUGGCCACCCACGGCACAGCCUCCCUGGUGUCGUUCAUCAACACGAAUAAGAGCAGUGGCAGUCCGUAUCCGGAUACGGAGAACCACCACCUCUUCUUCCAGAGGGGCAACCAUGCUUCGCUGGAGCUCUUCACCAAGGGUCUGUACUUCCAGGAGGCAUAUGUGGAGGCGCUGCAGGGAUACCUGAAGAGCUCCCAUCUGCUGUGUGUCUUCGUUCUACUCUCCCAUCCCGUGGCCAGGGGCGAACUGCGCCUGAGGAGCUCGGAUCCCAGGGAACCGCCCAUCCUGACGAGUAACUACCUGUCCGAACCGGAGGAUGUGGCCACCUUGAUGAGGGGUAUCCGGUACAUCGAGUCCCUGGAGCAGACCAAGUCUCUGAGGGAUCACCGCGCCGAGCUGGCCAGGAUUCCCAUCGAGGAGUGUGACCGCCUGGGCCACUACCGCAGCGAGGAGUACUGGCGCUGCUACGCCCGGUACUUCACCAUCACCUGCUACCACCAGUCGGGCACCGUGAAAAUGGGUCCCGACACCGAUCCCGAGGCCUGCGUGAGCCACCGCCUGCGGGUCCACGGCACGGACAACCUGCGGGUGGCGGAUGCCAGCAUCAUGCCGGCCAUCGUGAGUGCCAACACCAAUGCGGCCACCGUGAUGAUCGGCGAGCGGGCGGCGCACUUCAUCCGGGCGGAUAACCUGGGCUAUGUGACCGGCGGCGACGGGGGCAUCUGGGUGCCGCACAUGCAUGCAGAUGACUUCUAGCUUGAUGAUUCCGAGCACACAGUAGGUGGGCAGCACCUGGCGGCUUGUCAACAAGUUGUCGAUAUCAAACUGAAGUGCUGAACGUUGAGUGGAAAUCGAUUCACGGACAACACAAUUAGGUAAAUUAAACUAUGUGAACUGUGGCACCUUUCAGUGCGCUUCGUAGAGGUAUUUUCUUUUUACAGAACUGUUAAGCAGAUAUUGUCAUAGUACAAAGUUACGCAUUGCAUUUUUUUUGUUACUCAUAAGCCACAGUUGUUAAAUAUUAGUUACUAGGUAACACAACUUAAGCAAGAUUGUUGUUUGAUUAAAUAAAAUAUAGAAGAAAGAUGCUGAGAUUAUCAACGGCAUAUUCAGAAA